CGUGGUGGGUUAGGGUCGUUGACGUCAAUAAACGUCACCUGUGGGGCGCGCCUAGGAGCACAUUCUUGCGCUGAUCCAGGUGUCCGACGCACAUCCACACGGCUGGGUUUGACUCCGGGAAGAGGCUCAUCCGACAGACGCCGCUGCCACCGCUGCCACCAUCGCCACUGCCGGCCCCAUGGCGUCCAUGAACCGUCACACGGGCAGCGGCGAGGGCAUCGGCUCCAUGAGGCGCGUCCCCGCACGCUUCUCAACGCUCCCCUCGCUCCCUGGCGGCGGGCGGCUCAACGGAGGGCCCGGCGGGGGUGGCUCGGGCACCCUGGGACGCCCGUGGGGGGCGACGAUGGAGGGGGGUGCGAUGGGGAGCCCAGGGAACGGCCCGGCGAUGAUGGAGGGGGGCGCGAUGGAGAUGUCCCCGGGAGGCGGCGGGGGCCCCUUGUCGCCCACGGCAUACGACGUGCGCACCGAGACCUUCGAGCUGCCCAACAUCUGGAGCCUGUUCGCCUUCAGGAACGUGGGCAACGCCGGUGGAGAGCAGGUGCGUGCGCGAGGCCCCGCGGCCCUGCAGAGGAACGUGAGCUUCCACCGCUCCAGCUCGCGCUCGCGGGCACCCGCGCCAUCUUCCUCACGCGACACUCUGCGUAGCACCCUCGACACCACGCUGCGUCUCUUGCGGGGCGUGGGGCUCUCCGAUUAUGAGGAGCGGGAGUUCGAGGCGAGCAUCCAGGACCUGGCGAACCAGGUGCGAGAGAUCGAGGCCGAGGAGCGCGGAAACGUCGACAGCAAGCGUCAGCAGCAUCUGCUCGCCCGGAAGGAGAUGCUUUUGGUGAACCUCAUCCUCAUCCAGAACGACCUCCUGGGAUACAAGGCCCGCAUGCAGGGGCAGCGCUACAGCCAGAGCAGCGACGAGCAGGACUGGGUGUUUGAGGAAUCGACAUCGAAAGGGAGCGGAGGCGGAGGUGGAGGAGGUGGAGGAGGUGGAGGAGUCGUGGAGCAGAGGACGAGCGAGAGCUGGAAACGUCGCGUGGAGAGACCGCCGACCACUUCGUACACCGCCAACAACCACACGAUGAGAGGCCGGGCGAGCAAGGUGGAGGUGAUGCACACGGAGCCGCCGCGACCCGCCAGGCGCCUGCCCUCCCCGGCCGCCCCCACGCCCCACGAGCAGCACUCCGUGUCCCCCCUCGUGUCGCCUCCUCCGGUCGCUCCACCUCCCCAGCACCAGUUCCCCGUGUCCCCCGCGCCCCCCAGCCCGAAAACGCUGUCGCGGCAGCACGACGCGCUUCUCAGCCAGGAGCUGCAGCCGGUGAGUGAUCUGCUGGGAGAGCUGCGCGGGACGUCGAGCGAACUCUACACCUGCCUGGAGACCAACGUGCAGGGCCUACGUACCAGGCUGAAAUCCCUGGACAGCCCAGCGAUAAAGAACGACGUCGACAACCUCGACCUGAAGAUCCCGGGAGGGACGUCCGACACGGUGCGCUUGCACCUGCGGGGACUGCUGGAGGUGAAGUCGUCCAUGGAGAGGGCCAUGAAGCUGGUGAUGGGGACCUUCGGGGCGCUCACCACCGAGCUCGCCCGUCUGCAGGAUGAUGUCCGGAGCUCGGAGAACGCUCGCUUGCACCUGUCCGAGGAAGCCGUGAAAAAGGGGCAACUCGCCGAGCAGUACUCCCAGCUGGCGAGCAACCUCCAGAAAAACAACCUGGAGCUGCAGCAGUCCCUGGCAUCCGGCACAGCUGACUCGCUGAGCCUGCAGGAAAUGAAGCGAGCGUUGCAGGCGGCGCGGAGCGAGUGCGAGUCUCUGCAGCGUAAGAACGAGUCGGUGCUGCAGCAGCAGAGGCAGCAGCAGGAGCAGUACCAGGCACAGCUCAUGUCCCUGAAGUCGGAGAGGGAGUCUUCGAACCAGGCGUCGAUGGAGGAGAUGCGACGCCGCUACGAGUCGCAGCUCGCUGACCAGGCCGCCGAGAGGGACAGGGAGGUGUCCAGCAUGAAGAUGAGGAUCGAGAGCUUCCAGCAGCAGAGCCAGAGCUCGAGCCAGGGCAGUGACCAGCGCCUGGCGGAGCUGCAGCGCACCAUCUCCCAGCAGGAGCAGAUCAUUGCCACGCUCCGCGAGGAGAUGGAGAGGUUAAGGAUGUCCAUGAGCCAAAGGUCGUCCACGCAGUCGUCCACCGUGGUGAACACCACCGUCAAGCGGGAGACGGAGUACCCGUAUCUGCGCCUGGUGCCCACGUAUGGAGAGUGCGUGUACAGCAACUACUCCGUGCAGAACGCCGGACACCACGGAGACAGCAGAGUCGCGAGCGAGAAGGCAACCAAGACCGUCCGAUUUGCGUAAUCCGAGAGAAUCUUCUAAAGAGGAAACGCAUGGUGCCACGUCCACACGCGGGAGCGCAGACUCACCAGGAAAUAACUUGCCCCAAUGGUCAGCAACCAGUACAUCAACUGGGCAUGUAUGGGUAACCCUCUACAGACAACAACAACAACGGAUGCCAAUUGCCCGCUAAGUGAUGGGGAUGUCACCACGGCGUUUGUGCGAGGCUUAGUGCACUUUGAAGCCAUCGCGUGAAGUGUCAAGGCUUGCUGUGGCAGACCCAUAACACCUGGGUCUGUUCCCAGGUGUUAAUGGGUUAAUUCUACAAAUGAGCACACGGAGCUAUGCACUCAAAUGCAUGCACACGUCCUCGCGUGCACACACACGGAUGCAUAGGUUGCUGGCCAAUGUCACUCUUCAACGUGAACAGAAGCACCGCAAUGCUUUUGGUGCAGGUUAAUUGGGUUUGGGUUUCUGAAUUUUCUUAAUUAUUCUUUUUAUUUAGCUUUUUGUACACUUUAAUGUGUUAACAAAAAAGAAUUCAUUUUUUUAUUUGUUACUGUUUAGUAGUUUAGUCAAAGAAUAACAUCAUUUUGGGGAAACUGAAUGUCAGGUGAGUGGCGACGCAUUCAAUGGCACUUGGAUUAUCUCAGUUGGCUACGUACGGCGCGAAGGAAGCUCAACUUAGGUUUUUUUGGUAAAGUCACGUAGGUAAAACAUUAAAAUGAAUAAAAGUAAAAUCAAAUUUUUAUUUUAUUUUACUAAGAAUAUGAAUCCUUGCAGUCACGAAAGCUUCAAAUCUAGAAGGAAGCUCAACGUGGGUAUACAAUUCUACACUCCCGCCAGCUACACCGUCUCGUUCAUCCCAACCUCGGGGGUGGAGGGUUGGCACCGGAUUCGGACGCGGAGAGAACUUCGCACCCCCACGGCCUGCACAGUACCCAGUGGCACGAACCACGAGUCCUGCUCCCCGUGCAUUACGCCAAUGCCUACACUGCACUCAUUGUUGGGGGGGGGGGGGGGCUAUUUGACCAUACUUUACCAUGCUGGUUCGUGCGGGUUGUCUAAAGGCAGGGGAGGCAUAGACGUGAGGGCACAGUAGCGGUACGAUUGAUGCUGCUGUGCCGCCACACCUCUGGUUGCACACACUCAGCGUAGCUUGUGACAAAUGGCCCGGAAUAGGUGCGCGAUCUCAGGAGCUAAGCAGGUUGAGCCUGGCUAGCGCUAGGAUGGGCGACCACCGUGCAUUAAACAGGUGUCACAGGCUGCGGUGUGGAGAUGCGUGUGGCGUGACCAACGUGUGUUGAGAAAUACGUUAAUAAAUAACACGGGCCCGUUCGCUAAUUUUCUAGAUUAUUUUUAAAACCCACAUUGUCUACGUUUUUAAUAGUGUAAUGAAAUCCAUGCGUUUUUAGCGCUUUACUGAAUGAAUGCUACUGUAAUGAUGUAGUCAAUCAUUUAUCUCAGAAGACAUGGAGGACCCUGCAAUGGAAUAUUUGGCCAAUUACAUUAAGGAGUGUUGGUCGUGUCGAAUGGAAAACAGGAUUACCCAUAAAAAAACCGCGCAAGAAGGGAGUAGCAAUCAAAGGCCCACGCAGAUAGAAUCCAGAAUUUGUAUUGCCAUUGCUGGUCACCUCACAGCCCAAGUCUUACAACACCUGGCAUUCAGUCACCCACAAGAUUAUCCCAGGCGGUGGUGGUUAUACAAUGGCUAUAACCUAGUCUGGGAAAACUAGACGAAAGACCCAUGAUCAGGGGAGAGACAAUAACUGACCACACGUCGGAGGGGUGUCUGUACACAGAUUGUCCUUGGCAAAAAACAGGCUUACGUGGCUGUGGAGACCACUUUCGAGGACAAUGUUUGAGCUGUGACUUCGUAACCCUUUCGAGGACUUUUCAAGCUAUAUUUGAGAUGCAAUGGACAUUUUCAAAAAUGUCAGGGCCUAGCAUUAAAGACUGAGGAAUCGGAGAUACCAGCAGCAGUCUUGAGGGUAUUAGAAAUGCUGAAGGCAUUGACGGUGGCAUGAAUUGAAGCCCCGUUAAUGAAAGGGGGGACACGUUGAGAUAUGAGUUUGAUGGGUAGAGAAUACAGGAUAAAAAAUAUUUUUUUAAUUGAUUUGUAGAAUUAGUACAUGCUACUUUUUAGCAAAGUAGUUUGCCCACCCCUGUGCAGUAGCGCACUACGAUGAGCUACAAAGUCUUAACACGAUUCAGCAUUUACUUACUUGUACCUCUUUUCCACUGUAGACUUGAGCUUCGACAGAGCAAAGCCAGCCAGGCUGUUGUUUUUUCCAUGACAGAAUCCGAGCCGGGCUGUUGACGUCACACGGAAUUUACUAUGUUGAGUCGCAUGUAGAUGACGCGGUGACACUGUCCUCACGGCGUACUAACUGACGUCACACACGAUGAACAAAUCAUUUGCGCUGGCCCUGUUUGGCCAUGUAUUUUACUCGGUGAGAGCAAGAGGCCAGAAUGAGUCUCAUUUGCCAACCAUGAUCUGGGGGAAUCAUUCCACCAAAAUGGAGCAAUUAUCCCUUUGCAUCGUCCUAAAUGAGUAAUUUGCGGGUACUUUUUGGCAUUUCGCAGAUUUGGACCCUAAUGCCCACACACGUUGGGCCACCCUUGUUACUCGCAUCAGGGGAUAUUCAACGUCCAUUUAAGCAGAGAGCAUGGUAUUAUUGCGUUUGUUACACCGGCAUUAUAAUAAUCGGGGCGGCUGGUUGAUUCGAACCUCGAACCUCUGCAACAAGCGGCGAACAAGCUACUGGAAGGGGCCAUGUCCAUCGCAUCAAGUUCUCCAAGAACGUAUCGUGAGGCUCGCGUACCGCUGCUCGGUUCUGGCUCUGCUCAGCAAAUGGCUAGUGGAAAAACCAUCCAAAUACGGCGGCCAACUAAUAUCGCCAGUGGAAAGAGGGGUAUGGUAAUUAACACUGGGUUUUGUACACGGGUGGUGAGGAAAAUGGUUUAAGUAUGUGGACACGCGCGCGCUCGUUAUGCUCUGCUUUAGUACUUGCACGCUGCAUGCCUGGCGAGGUGGAGGUUCGACGAGUUUGUAAGGGAGGUGUCGGGGUGUUUUCCGUCCAUUUGGCAGCGAUUGUCAACACGCUGUUCAUGUAACUUGGCCAAAAUAAACAGAAGUCUGCAUGCAUCUUUAA